AUGCCUACAAGAGAACAAGUUCACAACUUCGCCGCUGGCCCUUCUCCUUUACCCACUACAGUGCUGGAGGAAGCUGCUUUGGGUUUAUUGAAUUAUGAAGAGACCGGAAUGGGUAUUUGUGAAUUGUCGCACAGAGGAAAAGAAUUCAAAGCUGUCAUCGAAGGUGCUGAGGCCGAUCUUCGAGCACUUCUGUCAAUCCCAGAAAACUAUACGAUCCUGUUCACUCAAGGAGGAGGUACAGGACAGUUCUCCGCUGUGUUAUUGAAUUUACUUUCUGCUCAUCGAUUGGCGAAUCCUGUUCCAGCAGAAGAAUUCAAACCACCUGUAGUAGAUUACGUUGUCACUGGAUCUUGGUCAUCUAAAGCAUAUUCUGAAGCUCAAAGAUUAUCAUUACCACCUUUUCCAUCUUGUCCAUCAUUUUCUGAACCUAGAAUAGCAGCUUCAACCAAAUCGACUAAUUGGACACGAUUACCCUCAAAAGAAGAAUACAAUUUCAACAAAGAUGCUGCGUACAUCUAUUAUUGUGAAAACGAGACUAUAAAUGGAAUUGAGUUCCCACCUAAACCAGAAGAUGAUAGUGCAUUCCCAUUCGAUUUGGUCCCUGAAGGUGUUAACUUAGUAGCUGAUUAUUCAUCAAGUUUCAUCUCAAGACCAAUACCAAAUAUCGAAAAACAUGCUGUCAUUUAUGCUGGAGCUCAAAAGAAUCUAGGCCCUUCAGGUGUUACUGUUUUAAUUAUCAGAAAUGAUUUAUUGGUAGACACAACUCAAGCAUCAAAAUUAGGUUGUGUACCACCUGUACCAAUCACUUAUGAAUGGAAAAUAUUAGCUGAUAACGGUUCAUUGUAUAAUACACCACCAACUUUCCCAAUUUACGUCUCUGCACUGGUACUCAAGCAUCUUAUAUCUGAAAAAGGUGGUUUGCAAGGUUUGGAAAAGACAAAUAAAGCAAAAGCGGAAUUGCUUUAUCAAACGUUAGAUGAUGCUGAAUCAAAAGGAAAAGUGAAAUUAGUGGUUAGGGAGAAAAGCGCCAGGAGUUGGAUGAAUGUUACAUUCACUAUUGAGGGUGAAGGUCAAGAGAAGAAGUUCUUGGAAGGCGCAGAGAAGAGAGGUUUCAGGCAAUUAAAGGGACAUAGAAGUGUUGGAGGUAUUAGAGCAUCGAUUUAUAACGCUGUUACUCUGGAUUCAAUAAAUCUACUCUGUGAAUACAUCAAAGAGUUCUGCGGUAAAUAA